GGGUGAUUAUGCUGACGGUUAUCCUGCAGGUGCCUGCAGAUACCGAGGAGGUGGCCAAGUUGGAGAAGCACUUGAUGCUUCUCCGACAAGAAUAUGUCAAGCUGCAGAAGAAAUUGGCAGAGACAGAGAAGAGAUGUAGUCUUUUGGCUGCGCAAGCAAACAAGGAUAACAGCAAUGAGUCCUUCAUCAGCCGCCUGCUGAUGAUCGUGGCUGACCUCUAUGAGCAGGAGCAGUAUAGUGAUCUGAAGAUAAAGGUUGGAGAUAGGCACAUCAAUGCUCACAAGUUUGUCCUGGCAGCCCGCAGUGACAGCUGGAGUCUGGCCAAUUUGUCUUCCACCAAGGAGCUGGACCUGUCAGAUGCUAAUCCUGAGGUGACAAUGACAAUGCUUCGCUGGAUCUAUACGGAUGAGUUGGAGUUCAGAGAAGAUGAUGUGUUCCUGACUGAGUUGAUGAAACUAGCUAAUCGGUUUCAGCUCCAGCUCCUUAGGGAGAGAUGUGAGAAGGGUGUUAUGUCUCUGGUGAAUGUCAGGAACUGUAUUCGCUUCUAUCAGACUGCGGAGGAACUAAAUGCCAGCACCCUGAUGAACUACUGUGCAGAAAUUAUUGCGAGUCAUUGGGAUGAUUUACGAAAAGAGGACUUCAGCAGCAUGAGUGCUCAGCUGUUGUACAAAAUGAUCAAAUCCAAGACUGAGUACCCCUUACAUAAAGCUAUCAAAGUGGAGAGAGAAGAUGUGGUCUUUCUUUACCUAAUUGAAAUGGAUUCACAGCUCCCUGGGAAGCUGAAUGAAUUGGACCAUAACGGAGAUCUUGCCUUAGACCUAGCUCUUUCACGACGACUAGAGAGUAUUGCCACCACGCUGGUUAGUCACAAGGCUGACGUGGACAUGGUAGAUAAGAAUGGCUGGAGCUUGUUACAUAAAGGAAUCCAAAGAGGAGAUGUCUUUGCUUCCACUUUCCUCAUUAAGAAUGGGGCCCUCGUCAGUGCUGCUACCUUGGGUGCUCAGGAGACACCGUUGCACCUGGUAGCAUUGUACAGUCCCAGGAAACACUCAGCAGAUGUGAUGUCUGCGAUGGCACAGAUUGCAGAGGCCCUCCUGCAGGCUGGUGCUAACCCUAACAUGCAGGACAGCAAGGGCAGGACUCCCUUACACUUGUCCAUCAUGGCCAGGAAUGAAUACGUGUUCAAUCAGUUGCUGCAGUGUAAACAAUUAGAUUUAGAACUGAAAGACCACGAGGGCAGCACAGCUCUGUGGCUUGCAGUGCAGUACAUCACUGUGUCAUCCGACCAGUCUGUAAACCCCUUUGAAGACCUCCCUGUGGUAAAUGGGACCUCAUUCGAUGAAAACAGCUUUGCAGCCAGACUCAUUCAGCGUGGCAGCAACACCAAUGCCCCCGAUGCAGUGUCAGGAAAUUGCUUACUGCAGCGGGCAGCUGAAGCAGGAAAUGAGGCAGCAGCUCUUUUCCUGGCAACCAGCGGUGCCCACGUCAACCACAGAAACAAGUGGGGAGAAACUCCGCUGCACACAGCCUGUCGGCAUGGCCUGGCCAACCUCACUGCAGAGCUUCUGCAGCAGGGUGCCAACCCCAACCUGCAGACAGAGGAAGCUCUGCCUUUGCCAAAGGAGGCUGCAUCAGUGGGCAGUGUCUAUCUGCAGACGCCACUGCACAUGGCAAUUGCCUAUAAUCAUCCAGAUGUGGUGUCUGUCAUCCUGGAGCAAAAAGCUAAUGCUCUUCAUGCCACCAACAACUUGCAAAUUAUUCCGGACUUCAGCCUCAAGGAUUCCCGAGACCAGACUGUGCUGGGCCUGGCAUUAUGGACAGGCAUGCACACGAUCGCAGCCCAGCUGCUGGGCUCCGGGGCAUGCAUCAAUGACACCAUGUCGGACGGGCAGACGUUGCUGCACAUGGCCAUGCAGCGGCAGGACAGCAAGAGCGCACUGUUUCUCCUGGAGCACCAGGCGGAUAUAAACGUCAGGACCCAGGACGGGGAGACAGCCCUUCAGCUGGCCAUCAGAAACCAGCUGCCACUUGUGGUGGAUGCCAUAUGCACCCGAGGAGCUGACAUGUCCGUGCCUGAUGAGAGGGGGAACCCCCCUCUGUGGCUCGCUCUGGCAAAUAACCUGGAGGACAUCGCAUCCACUCUGGUCAGACAUGGCUGUGAUGCCACCAGCUGGGGUCCAGGACCUAGUGGAUGUCUUCAGACACUGCUGCACAGAGCUAUUGAUGAAAACAAUGAAUCCAUCGCCUGCUUUCUUAUUCGAAGUGGCUGCGAUGUGAAUAGUCCCAGACGACCCGGUGCUAAUGGAGAAGGAGAGGAAGAGGCCAGAGAUGGCCAGACCCCCUUGCAUUUGGCAGCAUCCUGGGGACUGGAAGAGACAGUACAGUGUCUUCUGGAGUUUGGUGCCAAUGUAAAUGCACAGGAUGCAGAAGGAAGGACGCCUGUCCACGUGGCCAUCAGCAACCAACACAGUGUCAUCAUUCAGUUGUUGAUUUCUCACCCUGACAUCCACUUGAAUGUACGAGACAGACAAGGCCUGACCCCUUUUGCCUGCGCCAUGACCUACAAGAACAACAAGGCCGCUGACGCCAUUCUAAAACGCGAGUCCGGGGCUGCAGAGCAGGUGGAUAACAAGGGCCGGAAUUUUCUUCACGUGGCAGUUCAGAACUCUGAUAUUGAAAGUGUCCUGUUCCUGAUCAGUGUCCAGGCUAAUGUGAAUUCCAGAGUCCAGGAUGCUUCCAAGUUGACCCCUUUGCACCUUGCUGUCCAAGCUGGCUCAGAGAUUAUUGUCCGCAAUUUGCUUCUUGCAGGAGCCAGAGUGAAUGAGUUAACCAAGCACCGCCAGACUGCACUGCAUCUGGCUGCCCAGCAGGACCUACCCACCAUCUGCUCAGUCCUCUUGGAGAAUGGAGUGGACUUUGCUGCUGUGGAUGAGAAUGGAAAUAAUGCUCUUCAUCUUGCUGUCAUGCAUGGUCGGCUCAACAACAUCCGGGUCCUCCUGACAGAGUGCACCGUGGACGCCGAAGCCUUUAAUCUAAGAGGCCAGUCGCCACUGCACAUUUUGGGACAGUAUGGCAAAGAGAAUGCAGCAGCCAUCUUUGAUCUCUUCUUAGAGUGCAUGCCUGAGUAUCCUCUAGAUAAACCAGAUGCAGAAGGAAACACGGCGCUUCUCCUAGCAUACAUGAAGGGGAAUGCCAACCUGUGCCGUGCCAUCGUCCGAUCUGGGGCUCGCCUUGGGGUGAACAAUAACCAAGGGGUCAACAUUUUCAACUACCAGGUUGCCACCAAGCAACUUCUGUUCAGACUAUUAGAUAUGCUGUCCAAGGAGCCUCCAUGGUGUGAUGGCUCCAACUGCUAUGAGUGCACUGCCAAGUUCGGAGUCACAACUCGAAAGCAUCACUGCCGUCAUUGCGGACGUCUUCUUUGCCAUAAAUGUUCGACCAAGGAGAUUCCCAUUAUAAAGUUUGAUCUGAACAAGCCUGUGCGAGUCUGCAACAUUUGCUUUGAUGUACUAACUUUGGGCGGCGUCUCUUAGCCCCUAGGAGGGUCCAGGCCACCUCCCAGUCACCUCCCCAGCAGCUGCUCUGCUCACCAGCCUGACCCCACCCGGAGCAGGAGCUGGCAGGCAUCUUCCUUCAGCAGUGGAGUGGAACAGACAACUGAGGACCAUGGUGUGAUAGACCCGUUUCAGAUGACUGUAUGACUGUCCGUUUGUCAGACUGUGAUUGAGUUCAGUAGAUGUCUCACUAAUUGGACCAGGCCAUUCACCUAGGUGGUAAACAUGGUAGGAAUUAGAUCCCAUUCUGCUAGCAACAUACAAGAACACUUUGAAAACCACUUUCCUUCCCAGUAGCCUCCUGUCCAUCUCAGAGCGUUUAUGAAGUCUUCCCACCUGGCUGGACUUCCUAGGCAGAGCCUAGCAAUAGGAAGCUGGCGCCUGGCUGCUCCAUGAGAGCUGGCUUUACUCUAGGGUAAGUGGCUUUGGACUUGUCUGCACGGUGUUUUCAUAAAGAUUAUAGGAUCCUCUUACCCUGAAAUCUUCAUUAUUAUUAUUAUUAUUUUUAGAAAGCUAAGCUGUAUUUAUAGUGAGCUACCCCUUUAAAAAAAGGUGAAAUCUUUCUAAACAGGGUUCAAAGAUGGGAGCUGAAACAUUGUGGCCUUAACAACUGAAAGCUUUACUAGUGUUCAUGCUACUCGGGUGUCAUUAGUACGGUUGGACAGCUUGACACCUCCUAGCAGCCGUCCCCUCCUCUCAUCUUGCCAUGUCCUGUCUGUGGACCUCCGUUGCUCUGCCACUAGGGAGUGGUGGGGGAAAUGCACUUUUAUUGUGCUGCACUUUUUAUAUAGCUUCAUUAUUGGUGAUUCCAAUGUAAAAACCCAUACUCAGAAAGUACAUCCAUGCAUCAGUGAUUCUGCUGAUCAGUUUUACCUGGAACUCAGCUCACACUAAGUCUUAACAGAGAAGCUCCUGCAGAGUGUCACUUGGAGCAAGAGAGUCACACAGGCCAAGGGAUGAGAAGGGGGGGUCCCCAGCCUCAGGCUGGAAGGUCCCAUCUCCUUGACAUGAAUGCUUCUUGCUGAAACCUUCCCUAGUUAUGCUGUGAGUGCUGUUGGUCCCAGGUCCCAGUUCUGUGGAGCUUGCCCUGCCCCAUAAGAGCCAGCAGCUGAAACCCUGGCCAGACAUGUGUGACCUGGUUCGGGAAGGCUCUGGCGUGGGUGCUGAAGGAGGUCCCAGAGCUUACUGGGCCUUAGUCGUUGCUAGUACAUACAUUACCCCUGAGGUUAAACUACACAUUUAAAAAGAAACUUUUACCACUACUUUGAAAACAAACAAAAAUUCUGAGAUGAACAAUAUGUGUUGUAGUUGUACUCAGAGAUUAACAAUCUCAAUCAGACAUACUGAUUUUUCAGACAUUUAAUAACCACUACAUUCUGCAUUAAUGAAGUAUGGAUAUGUGUAAAAGGGACUAAAUAUUUUUUGCAAUAGCCUGCUUUUAUGUUUGUUUGUUUUUGGAAAGUGGUAUGUCCUCCAUGUUGCUGUACAUUUAUACAUUCUAUUGCCUAAAUAUGUGUAAAAUGAGUUGAUAAACCUGAGUGCUACUUUUUUUCAAUAUUCCUGUGAUUUACAAGAUAUAUAUGCUUUCUCUGUUAAUAUGAGCUUGUGCACAAUGUUUAAAAGAAAAAUUAGAAGAGUUGGGGAACUAAAAGUCUGUGACAUUUCCUACAGAAUUUUUAUAGAAAAACAACUAGUGUAGGCAAACUUUUGACCACGUGAGGCAUGUGGUCAGUUUCCAUUUUCUGUUGUUGCCCGAAGAGAGCCACAAGGAAGGAGGGCUCAGCCGGCUUGGUUCUUUAGUUCUGUAAAGCAAGAUGGUUAUGCUUCAGAUACGAAAUGAGGUGGCCGGUACUUUUACACUUGUUUAAUGUUCGUGGUGGACUGAGGAUGGGAAUGCAGUCAGGGAUGAGGCCGACUGUCCUGCCCCUGCCCUCCCAUACCAACCUCAGUAAUAGUCUUGCCUCUGAUUGCACUUACAAUCAUGUUGCAGCUACGUGGAGUUAUGCUUCUGCUUCUCCCGAGUUGAGGAUAGCUGUGGUACCGAGCAGCCGCGGAGCAGGGGCACGUUGUGUGUGCUCUGUGUUGAGGUGGUUGUAGACCUAGAGAAAGCACCUUUCCACAGCCUUGGGAAAUGCCCCUGACCUUGGUGAUGCCCCCUGGGCCCUGCUCCCCGGGUUCCCUGAGCGGGGCUGCCCCGUGGCCCUCCCGUGCACUGCCCGGGCUGGGACUUCUCAUGCUCUCAGUCCCCAUUGUGCUCUCCAAGAUGACCAGACUUGACUACAGAACUCUAGCUGUUCUUGUUAAAUUUUAAUUCAUAGCUCAAAUACUAGUAGCAAAAACUCAAUUUUAUUCAUUCAGAAAAUUAUCAAUUGUGAAUAAAAACAGGAAGAAUAAACUUUCUUGAAACAUAAUUUUCUGCAUCAGUCAACACUGUUACACUGAACUAGCUUUUUAAAUGUCUCUUGUGUUAACAAUUUUUUUAAAAAAUGAAGGAAUAAACCAUGUGCUAUAUAUAAAUCCAAUGGCUAAAUUGCUAUGAUCCUCUAACACAGAAGUUUCCCACAAACUUAAGUGCCUCCAUGUAGGACUUUUUAAAUUGUUGGUUAUCUUUGUAGUGGUGUCUCACUGAUUGCUGUGCUAGAACACGUGUUCCAUUGGGAGUGUGCUGCCUGUGCACUGUCAACUUCAAUUACCAACUUAGUGGAAGCUGGAUCAGAUUGCUCAGCUCACCUGGUAUGUUCUCUCCAAGAGUGGGGUCCCUGUGACUGAUAGUCCUCUACCUCAGAGCCCUGAGUCACUUCUGACUGCCCUGUUCAGCUUCCUCACUCUUCUCCCUGAAUGGGGUCCCUGCAUGGAGCUCAGCGUGCUUGUGGGACCACCACCGCUCCCAAUUCAUGCCCACUGCCUGCUGUAUUGAACAGUAUUGUGCUGGUCUUGUCUGUAGGCAUGGAAUGGAGGGGAAGUCUUAAGAGGGGGAGAGUCUUGAUCUCCAUCCCGGGGUCUCUCAUCUGGAGAAAAAGAACAACUGUCGAACUAUGUAAUGCUUAGACAUGAAGGCAGAGUAACUCCCCAGGUGACAGCCUGAGCAAGUAGGUACACUCUUCCAUGGACAGACCCACUUGGAGUCACAGGUUGAGAUUGAGAAGGAGCUCCUGAACAAGCUUCCUUCCGGGACCUGGGAUUGCUUCCUUCAGGACAAACCCCAGAAGAGCUGGGCAUUCAAGCCCAGCCCUUGUGAUCAGAAGUACCAACACUCCCCACUCCCCGCUGAGCAGAGGAGGAAGCAGAGGGGCAACAACUUUCCAAAGAGGUUUGGAAGCCACAUUCUCCUCUUGUGGAAGUAAUUCAGUGAAGAGCUGAUAGUCUGACAAGAUACUAACUAAACACUAUUAAAUUCCCAGACAUUAUCAUAAAUGCCUUAAAGACUCUGUUAGAUCAUUGCCUGUACGGUUCCUUUCUGUGUGGAGUAGAUAAUGUACUAACCUGUUACAGCUGACGACACUGGUCUUCUGUAGCGAGGAAGUCUUAAGUUGGCAGGCUGCUUGACUUAAUGAUUUGUUCUUUGGCAGAUGUGGAGAGUUGGCAGGUAACCGAGGCAAAGGGCAGGAACUGGGCGGAAAGUGCAGGAGCACAUUUGGGUUGGUCACCUUGGCUUUCAAGCCAUUCGGGGUGGUGCUCAGUGUGGGGUGAGGGCAUCAUACAGGACCAUGGCGCUUAUCAGCAUUGUAUCUUUAGAGUCCGUGUAUUGGAAUGUAUUUUUCAAAUACUGAUAUUUGCAUUUUCUGUAACAAUUCCUUACAAUAAAAUGAGAUAAAAUUGUGCAAAGUGGAAACUUUAAUAAGACAUUUGUAGUUAACUUUUCACGCAGAAGUACCAAUACGCAUUAAAAACAAACAAAUUUUAAAA